GCGGACCGUGAUAUCGUCAAAGAAGAAGAAGCACCUAGGGCGAUAGCUCUUCCUGUAGGAGCAACAUGGCUAGCUGCUGUUCCCUGAAAGUAUUGACACUUUUCAGCCUGUUUAUUGUUCCUGGCGCGGUGGAAAGUAAUAAUAUUGAGGCUAAAGCUGGUCAAUUCUUCAGCAGUGGACACACAAACAACUGGGCAGUUUUGGUGUGCACAUCCAGAUUCUGGUUCAACUAUCGUCAUGUGGCCAACACACUAUCUGUGUACCGUAGUGUCAAGAGACUGGGCAUCCCAGACAGUCACAUAGUAUUGAUGCUGGCAGACGACAUGGCGUGUAACCAUAGAAACCCGAAGCCGGCCACGGUGUUCAGUCACAAGAACAUGGAGCUCAACGUGUAUGGAGAUGACGUAGAGGUGGAUUACCGUGGUUACGAGGUAACUGUUGAGAACUUCCUUCGUGUGCUGACGGGCCGGCUGCCACCCAGCACGCCACGGUCUAAACGCCUCCUCUCUGACGACCACAGCAACAUCCUCAUCUACCUCACUGGUCACGGGAACGGCUUCCUGAAGUUCCAGGACUCUGAAGAGAUCAGCAACGUGGAGCUGGCUGACGCCUUUGAACAGAUGUGGACUAAGAGAAGGUACAAUGAGCUGCUGUUCAUCAUUGAUACUUGUCAGGGAGCCUCCAUGUAUGAGAGAUUUUACUCUCCUAACCUCAUGGCCCUGGCCUCCAGUCAAGUAGGAGAGGACUCCCUGUCGCACCAGCCAGACCUGGCUAUCGGGGUCCAUCUAAUGGACAGGUAUACAUUCUACCUGUUGGAGUUUCUGGAGGAUAUUCACCCUGCUAGCACUGCUAACAUGAAUGAUCUGUUUAAGGUGUGUCCUAAGAGUCAGUGUGUGUCCACUCCGGGCCACCGUACAGACCUUUUCCUCCGGGACCCCGGAAACGUCCUCAUCACCGACUUCUUUGGCAGUGUCCGUAAAGUAGAGAUCACCAUGGAAACCAUCAACCUGACAGCUCCCAUGGUGCAUCUGGCUGUGGAAAGACCAGUAAGUGAGCUGAAGACAGAGAGCCAGUCAUAUGUGGACCAACUACCAGUGGCUGAGAUUAUACACCAGAAACCAAAGCAGAGGGACUGGCACCCUCCAGAUGGUUUCAUUCUGGGUUUGUGGACUCUCAUCCUCCUGGUCUUCUUCAAGACGUACGGCGCCAAGCACCUUAAGCACAUCUUCUAACCCCUGACCUUUGAAGCCCGACCUCUGUAGGACUCAUGGUGAAUACUCUAAAGCGCAGGCUUUCAUCCAUCCAAGUGCACAACUGCGCACUUCAGGAUAAAGGACAGACAAUUGGGACGCGGUGUUGGCGAGGUCCCAAUCUUCUGUAUUACUAGAAGACUACAAAGACAUUAUUAACAGGGAAAGAAUGACGCAGUCUUUUAGUGGUAAUUGCCUUUCUAGUCAUUCUAUUUCUAUGGUUAUUAACAUUAUCGAACGGGGCGAUCUGUGAUUGGUACAACCAUUUUGUUAUUGUUUGAAGAGCAGAUUGUUUAUGUUUAAACUCUGAACUGUGUUGGAGAGAAUGUGGUGACACAACACUGACCUGCACAAAGACACACAUUGUUGUGCCUUUCUGGACAUAAACAGUACUCUGACUACUGAUUACUGCUGGUGUUAAUUAUCCUGGACAUAAACAGUACUCUGACUACUGAUUACUGCUGGUGUUUAUUCUGUGUUUAUUGUAUGGAAGCUGGUGAAUGGGGGUUUAGAGUUAAAACACAACAAACAGCGAAUACUGGAAGAAACAAUCCUAUGUUGUCUUUUUAUUUUUUUAUUGUUGCAUGGUUUAGAAUUUAAAGAGGGAGAACGGAAAAGGAAAUUGAGGAUAAAAUGAAGGGUUAAAAAGAAUACUGGAAAGCAAAUGGUCCUUCUCAGGAGAGCAGACGGAUGUGUUCUUUGAGAUGGUUGAUUGUCUUAUUUGAUGUCGUUUAAGGAAAUGUCUUCUUUUUUCCUUUAUUGUGUGUCUUCUUCCCUCAUAUCUAUAAUUAAAUUGAUGGGACUGAAAGGCACUGAAUUGA